AUGGUCGCGAACCUUACCUCGGUUCUCACGAACGGCACAGGCUCAUAUGCUACUACCGCCCAGGAGGACAAUGCUGUGCUCGAGACGCUGGUGCGUGCGCACAAGGCGGGCUUUGCCGAUUAUGGCCGCGCCAUUCUUUACCGCACAGCAAGUGACUUUGAUCGUGCGCCGCCGAAUGUGGACGACUACAAAAACUUCGAGGUGGACUCGAAUAUGCAGCACCUGAUUGACCCUUCUCUCGACAACCUCUACAUUGUCGGCAGCAAAAUCAUGAACUCGAUCAUUUCCAACUGGACGCAAGAGUGGGAAAUGGGUUUCGCUCCGCAAAACAGCACCGGCUACGGCGAUGUGUUCGCAACGCCACCGAACCCCCGCGAUUCCAAGAUCCUCUCAUCUCGGCCCAUGAACGACAGCGAGUCCAAGUGGGUCGGCCUGCGUGCCAUCGAGUGGGUCGAUCCAACUGGCCGUCAGCGCCGCUGGGAGUGUGCCGACCGAAAGACACGCAACGGCGAAGUAGACGCUGUGGCCGUGUUCACAAUAGUGCAGCGCCCUGAAGUCGAGCCACAUGUGCUGCUAGUGAGUCAGUUCCGCCCACCUGUUGGUGGCAUGAUUGUCGAGCUUCCUGCUGGCCUCGUGGAUGCGGGUGAGGAAAGCGACGAAGGUACGAAGCGGGCCGCCCUCCGCGAGCUCCAGGAAGAGACUGGCUUUGGCGCAGAGAGCAAUGAGCACUCUGUUAAAGUCAGGCUCGUAAGCCGCGUCAUGUACAGCGAUCCCGGCCUGUCCGGUGCCAACAUGAAGCUGUGCACGGUCGAGAUUGAUCUCGCAAAAGAUGCACCUGAGCCUGUCGCGCAUCCCGACGAGGGCGAAUUUAUUGAGCGCCACCUUGUUCCCCUGCGCUCUCUCCAAAACGAGCUGGACUCCUUCCAGCAGCGCGGCUACGAAGUCGACGCACGUCUCGCGCACUUGGCCGUCGGCCUCCAGCUCGGCCUCUCGUUUGCCCCCAAGUAG